AUGGCUGCCAGCACCCAAACACUUCGAUACCCCGGAUACAUGAAUAAUGACCUCGUCAGCAUCAUCGCCUCUCUCAUUCCGACACCACGGUGCCACUUCCUCAUGACUUCAUACACCCCGUUCACGAGCGACCAGAUCGACAAGGCAAAACCCAUCCAGCGGACGACCGUUCUCGACGUGAUGCGCCGCCUUCUCCAUCCCAAGAACCGCAUGGUCUCGACAACGCCAGGCAAGACCGCCUGUUACAUCUCCAUCCUUAACAUCAUCCAGGGUAACGUUGAUCCCCCUGACGUCCACCAAUCGCUACUCCGUAUCCGCGAGCGCCAACUGGCCAACUUCAUCCCUUGGGGCCCGGCCUCCAUCCAGGUGGCUCUCACGCGCAAGUCACCGUACAUAAGCACGGCACACCGUGUAAGCGGGCUCAUGCUUGCGAACCACACGAGCAUCGUUUCCCUCUUCAGGCGCAUGAUCGAUCAGUUCGACCGUUUGCGCAAGAGGAACGCGUUUGUAGAACAGUACAAGAAGGAGAAGAUAUUCGAAAACGGAUUGGAAGAGUUCGACGAUGCCAAGGUUACUGCGGAAGAGCUUCUGGAGGAGUACAAGGCUUGCGAAAGUCCUGACUACAUCACAUACGGUUCCCCGGUUGCCGAGCAACCAGAGUAA